AUGCCCAUCCCCCUACCAGUGGCAGAGUCUGUGACUCAGCAGGAGAGCUCACCAUCCUGGUGCCUCAGCUGCAAUGCCAGUGACACCAGAAGCAGCAAGGCACCAACAACCUUGGAGGUACAAGUGGUGAUAAUGAGGGUGCUAGGUGAUACCUCUGAUAUUGGAGGAUGGAGGGUGAAAAUUGCCAAGGCAGCUCAGCACCAUUCCCCACCCUCCAGCCCGGCCUCUUUGGACAGUGAUGGGGGUGUACACCUGAGAAGGCUCACCCACCCUUCAAGACCUAGUGAGCCUGCUGGGGUCCUAGGCCUGAGCCCAGCCCCUGCCAUGGCCUCCUCUAGCCACACAGGUCCCGGCAGACCCGAGUUCCGCUCCCCACAAAGCGUCCGCAGGCUUCGUGGUCCCAGUGACUCACACACCACCCCAACAGGGCUUCCUCUGGCAGAGCAGUUCUUAAGCCUGGGCCCCACCCCUGCCAAAGCCUCUGAGGGCCACCUAGUCAACUUAGCUGGUAAUGAAUCCUGUCCUCAACCUCAGACUUCUGAACACCUGGCUGCCAUAGAAAUUAUGAAACUGAAGCAUAUUUUGAUUCUAUAAAAUAAAAUUGAUUUGGUAAAAGAAAGUCAGGCUAAAGAACAGUAUGAACAGAUCCUUGCAUUUGUACAAGGUACGGUAGCAGAAGGAGCUCCUAUUAUUCCAAUUUCUGCUCAGCUGAAAUAUAAUAUUGAAGUUGUCUGUGAGUAUAUCAUUAAUAAAAUUCCAGUACCUCUAAGAGACUUUACUUCAGAGCCCCGACUUAUUGUUAUUAGGUCCUUUGAUGUCAACAAACCUGGCUGUGAAGUUGAUGACCUUAAAGGUGGUGUGGCUGGUGGUAGUAUUUUAAAAGGAGUAUUAAAGGUGGGCCAGGAGAUAGAAGUCAGACCUGGUAUUGUUUCCAAAGAUAGUGAAGGAAAACUCAUGUGCAAACCAAUCUUUUCCAAAAUUGUAUCACUUUUCGCGGAACACAAUGAUCUUCAGUAUGCUGCUCCAGGGGGUCUUAUUGGAGUUGGAACAAAAAUUGACCCCACUCUGUGCCGGGCUGACAGAAUGGUGGGGCAAGUGCUUGGUGUGGUUGGUGCUUUACCUGAGAUCUUCACAGAAUUGGAAAUUUCCUAUUUCCUACUUAGACGACUUCUUGGUGUACGCACAGAAGGAGACAAAAAAGCAGCAAAGGUGCAAAAGCUGUCUAAGAGUGAAGUGCUUAUGGUGAACAUAGGAUCCCUUUCAACAGGAGGAAGAGUUAGUGCAGUAAAGCCUGAUUUGGGUAAAAUAGUUCUCACUAAUCCUGUGUGCACAGAAGUGGGAGAAAAAAUAGCCAUUAGCCGAAGAGUUGAGAAACACUGGCGUUUAAUUGGUUGGGGUCAGAUAAGAAGAGGAGUAACCAUCAAGCCAACAGUAGAUGAUGAUUGA